GAGCUGCCGAGCUUUGUCAGAUCUACCCCAUCUGCUCUACUGCACUUCUUGCUAUUGUUCCGGACGCAAUCGGGUGGUCUCGUCUUCCUCAUUCAAAUUCUGAGCUCAAGAGAGACCAUGCAGAAGUGCCGGGUUGCCAAUUCCGCCCUAGGGUCGAGGGCCUUCAUCCCCACCCCCAAGGUUCAAUUCCAGGUGCAGCGCCGCAACCUCCAGGAUGUGCGCAUUACUAGGACAGGAAAGCCGAUCUUGAAGGUCCAGGGUGGACGGUCGUCCCUUGGAGGCCACACCGCCACUGUAUUUGGAGCGACUGGAUUCUUGGGCCGCUACAUUGUCAAUAAGCUGGCCUCUCAAGGGUGCACUGUGGUCGUUCCCUACCGGGAGGAAAUGACCAAACGUCACUUGAAGGUUUCUGGUGAUUUGGGAAAAGUCGUUUUCAUUGAAUAUGAUCUGCGCAACACCCAGUCGAUCGAAGAGUCGGUUCGUCACUCCGACAUUGUCUACAACCUUGUCGGCCGUCAAUACCCUACCAAGAACUUUUCAUACACUGAUGUUCACGUGGAUGGUACCGAGCGUAUUGCGGAGGCCGUUGCCAAGUACGACGUGGAUCGUUUCGUUCACGUUUCUUCUUACAAUGCUAGCAAGGACUCUCCCUCUGAGUACUUUUCUACGAAGGGCUGGGGAGAAGAGGUCGCACGCUCCAUCUACCCUGAGACUACCAUCGUUCGCCCUGCCCCCAUGUUUGGUUUCGAAGACAACCUUCUCCACAAGCUGGCUAGCGUGACCAACCUUUUGACUUCAAACCACAUGUCGGAGCGCUACUGGCCUGUUCAUGCCAUCGAUGUCGGUACGGCUCUCGAGCGCAUGCUUCACGAUGAUACCACUGCCGGCGAGACCUUCGAGCUUUACGGCCCCAAGAAUUACUCUACCGCUGAGAUCGCCGAGCUUGUAGACCGCGAAAUCAUCAAGCGCCGCCGCCACAUUAACAUCCCCAAGGCUGUGCUCAAGCCCGCCGCCUACUACCUCAACAAGUACAUCUGGUGGCCUACCAUCUCCGCGGAUGAGGUUGAGCGUGAAUUCAUUGACCAGAAGAUCGACGCUUCUGCCAAGACCUUCAAGGAUCUUGGAAUCGAGCCUGCCGAGCUGAGCAACCUUACUUUCCACUACUUGAAAGGUUACCGGAGCGCUUCUUACUAUGAUCUCCCUCCUGCAACGGAGCGCGAGAGACAGGAGGAGAAGAAGUAUCUGCAUGUCCUCGAUGACCAGUAGUUG